AGAGUCUGUGUCUUUAGCACCACCAGGCAACAGUGCGAGCAUCACUGGCAGAGUGGAAGUGCGCAGGAGCCAAGCGCAGAAAACCACCACAAAAAGCAGCUUGUGGAUCUAAUUCUUUUCGAAUCUGGUCGCUUUAAAAAGAAGCCCCGGGAGAAAACGGGAGAAAUGCCCGGUAACUGGCGUCGAUGCGCGCGUCUGAAAAUGACGACAGUGGGACAGUGAAUCUCUUCCUUCAGCCUCAGCUCCAGUUGGUCAUAUUUUACUGUCAUAUGCUCGGAUGUAUACACAUCACCCAAGAGAAGCACGGACUGGAAGAAUAGUCUUCACCGCUCCAACGCUCAGGGCCAGAGGAAGAAGACGCACAAGUGCGCGCAGGAGCAUCUCGGCGAAGCGGCAGCUCUUUAAUUACGCGUGGAUUGGGCUCGUUUAUGGCGCGCUCUCGGAGGGAUUUGGGGGGAAACUUACUUAGUGCGUCCUGAAGCGGUCGAUAAAGAGUGAAGGCACAACCUCCUCGCUACGAUGAGUAAUUCUCCUCAACGCAGUAACUGGUAGACGCGAGAAGAGCUGGACUGCGACUGGCGCGUUUGGAUACCUACCCCAGCCUCUCCACCGCUCUAUGGCUGCUAUGUUCUGUCAGGCGCACUCCCGCUGCUGAUGUUUCAUGGCUGUGCGCAGCAACAGUAGCGCGGGGCGAAAGAGGACGGUGCAACGAGACUAAAGACAGUCAAGACACUGCACUUUAUUUCUCCGGAGGAGCAUUGCGCACGGGCUGCACCAACUACUCACACGGACUUUCCCUGCGCUUCCUGCCUUACAUCUUUCUCAUUUCUUUCGCUGCUGUCAUCGUAGUAUGUCUGCACUUCGAAAGAAAUUUGGGGACGAUUACCAGGUAGUGACCACUUCCUCGAGCGGGUCCGGCUUCAGUCAGCCUCCACCGGAGAAGAAGAGAAAGAGACAGCGCUUUGUGGACAAAAACGGGCGAUGUAACGUCCAGCAUGGGAACCUGGGUGGUGAGACCAGCAGAUACCUCUCAGACUUGUUCACGACUCUGGUGGAUUUGAAAUGGCGCUGGAAUCUCUUCAUCUUCAUCCUCACCUACACGGUGGCUUGGCUCUUCAUGGCCUCCAUGUGGUGGUUAAUCGCCUACAUGCGGGGGGACCUCAACAAAGCCCACAACGACCAGUACACGCCAUGUGUGGCCAACGUGUACAACUUCCCUUCAGCCUUCCUCUUCUUCAUAGAGACCGAGGCCACUAUAGGCUACGGCUACAGGUACAUCACGGACAAGUGCCCCGAGGGCAUCAUCCUCUUUCUGUUCCAGUCCAUCCUGGGCUCCAUCGUCGAUGCCUUUCUGAUCGGAUGCAUGUUUAUCAAAAUGUCUCAGCCCAAGAAGAGGGCCGAGACACUGAUGUUCAGUGAGCACGCCGCUAUCUCCAUGCGUGAUGGCAAACUAACUCUCAUGUUCAGGGUGGGCAACCUGCGUAACAGCCAUAUGGUCUCCGCACAGAUCCGCUGCAAACUGCUCAAAUCCCGGCAGACCCCAGAGGGAGAGUUCCUUCCUUUGGACCAGUUGGAGCUGGAUGUGGGGUUCAGCACCGGAGCAGACCAGCUCUUUCUGGUGUCUCCACUCACCAUCUGCCACGUCAUCGAUACCAAGAGCCCCUUCUACGACCUGUCCCAGCGCUCCAUGCAGACGGAGCAGUUUGAGAUCGUGGUCAUCCUGGAGGGCAUCGUAGAGACCACAGGGAUGACCUGCCAAGCCCGGACGUCCUACACUGAAGACGAGGUGCUGUGGGGCCACCGCUUCUUCCCGGUCAUCUCCCUGGAGGAAGGCUUCUUCAAGGUGGACUACUCCCAAUUCCACGCCACGUUCGAGGUCCCCACUCCUCCGUACAGCGUCAAAGAGCAAGAGGAGGCUCUGCUACUAUCAUCUCCGCUCAUGGCCCCGUCUUUGUGCAAUAGCGGGUUGAUGGGGGACAAGAACACCUCAAUGGACUGCCUGGAGACUCUCGAGGACAAUGACAGCACGACCAAGCUGCCCACCAAACUCCAGAAGAUGACGGGACGGGACGGGUUGCCGAAGAAGUUGCUAAGGAUGAGUUCCACGACUUCGGAAAUGACGUAUAGUUUCGGAGACCUCCCGAUGAAGCUGCAGAGGAUCAGUUCGGUGCCGGGGGUGUCCGAUGACAAACAGGGCGCGAAGGCUUCCAAAAUCACAGAGCCCAUGAGCAAGUCGGUGGCGGACUUGCCCCCAAAACUGCAACGACUUGCCGGGGGACCUGGUGGCAGGAUGGACGGACAUUUGCCGCCCAAACUUAGAAAGAUGAAUUCAGAUCGCUUUACAUAAUUAUGCCAAUACCCUUUCCUACGACCUCUCGAAAAGUCCUUCUUUAUUUAUUAACGAACUAUAUUCUUAUAUCUAAAGACGUGUAUAGAUUAUGUGCACAAGUACCUUAUAAGAUUGACGGGAUGGAGCACACUCCCUGGAUGUUAAGUGCUACGAACUUUUUUCUAUAGGACGAUGUACGAUUAGCACAAUCCGGCAUGUAUACGAAACAGCGCAUGUAGAGCAGAAUUUUAAUUUUGUUUCCGGCAUGACAUUUAUCAAUAUUUUAAUUUCAAGACGAGAAUCAAACUGGUUUCUGACAGCGGAAGAAUUGCAUAAAGCCAUAUGAUUUACAAAUGCGGACAGAUCAACUUUACACGGUUGCGAUUUUUGACGGCGAAAUCGGCACAUACAUUUUUGGUUUUUUGAGUUGAUCGCUUUCGUUGUUAAUGUAAAAGUUGUGGCUAUGUUCUGUUGACUGCAUGCUCCUCUUCUUAGCUUAUACAAGAGGUAAUAGACAAAGAUGUUUUUAGCCUUAACUAUAUUACCUUCUUUCCAUUCUCAUUUAUUCACAGCUGUAUUUUUUUUUUCAUUCGAUAUUCCAUAUAUUGACUUAUUUACCAUGUUCAAAUGUAUAAGUUCCAAAUUAUAUCAUAGAGAUUUUUCCAGAUUAGAGUAAAAUGGAUUAGUGCUGCCGGAUGACCUGUUGGUACUAGGCACGAUGUUACGCAAUUAACCACUCUUAUUAUUAUUAAAGUAACACUUAAGUUGAGCAGUUCAAUACUCGUACUUGAGAAGCACAAAGCAGUCAUUACAUAACGUCCAGAGAUAUUAGCGAGGGCUUUCAUGGCUAUCUGAUCAUAAAUUAAGUGCUUCGGGCGCUAGCUUUGUACUGCGCCAUCAUUUUUUCUUUCUUUCUUUUUUCCAUAACCUCAUAAACCCUUUUCUGAAGAAUUCAAUUUUAAUGACACCCCAUUUCAACUUAGGUGUUACUGGUUAGGAUUCAAAGCAGGCCCUACAGAGGAAGCAGAGCCUUUUGUCUUCUAAGGGCCUAUAAUCUCACUCCUUUGUGAUGAAAGCAAUAACAUUGUAAUGACUCCAAUCUUUCUAUAGCCACAGGGUCUAGCUUAGCCCCUCUGUUCGGUUUUCUGGAUCCAUGCCAUGAAAUCUGGUUAACUGCAUCGAAGAUAUUGUAUGAUACCCAAACUUUUCAGGAAUAAAGGAUAUAAGAGACGUGUUAUGUAUCUUUGCCUGAAUGUAUACAAGCCUUUGGGUCACAUUGUGCAUAGGGACUGGAGCUCCACAUUAGACUGCAUUGCCUUCGGCGUAAUGCUAGUAAUUGAACUGUCCAUCUGGACUGGCCAGCCUAGCCAAAUUGAUUUCUGAACAAACUGAAGUGAACUAAAGCUAUGCAAGUCAUAUCAUACAAAAAUGACAUUGACCGUGAUACUAUAAACCAAACGUGGGGUAAGUGUUAUGCAAUCCAUUCUAGGUAAUGUUCUUUGUUACACAGCUGUAUAGCAUAUAUAUGUAGUUUCAAAAGUGUGUACGUCUGUAAUGCUUUAGUUCGGUCAUCGUUCAUUUGCUCUACCCUCUGGAACUGGAACUGAAAUUGACAAUGUUGCAUAGGAUGGAUAGAUAAAUACAUAACAAAAUACAUAAAUAAAUAAAACACGGAUGGCUGGCCAGGCUAGAGUCUUUUAUCCAAGAAAUGUUAAUCACAAAAAUGAAAUUGAAUCCACUGUCACACAUCACAGACUGUACGAACAUCCUGGACAAGCAAAAUAACUUUCUUUAAAAUCUAAUAGAACAAUCAAAUGAUCCAAUUACUAUAUAUGUAAAGGAGUAAAAGAUACGGUUUGAAUAUAUGCAAGAAAGAUCAAGGCUAACAGUUUUAAUAAUUCUUACAGAGCAGAUGUCCAGUCGUAGAUACUGACCCAGUUUCACAUGCCUGAGACGAGACUUCACACUUUCCAUAUCUCUUCUUAUGUCAAAUUUGAUGUCUUUAUUUUGAGUUUUCAUUGCAAAUAAAUGAAUUACUCUGCUAC